AUCGCGUAAAAGCUGCCAUUUUUCGCCUCUAAAGUGUGAAGGAAGCUGCAUUCAAUUCGUCGUUUAGUGGUGUAAAUUGUUCGUGUUUUAGGUCCAAAGUGUACUAUCGUACUGAAGGAUUGACAAGUGAAGUGUCCGGUGCCGUUUUAGAGCAUAAAAAUGUAAACGUUUUCCUGUAUUUGCUUCGAAAGCAUCAGCUAAUCAAAGUGCAAAAAGUCCUUGAGAAAAAUUUCUUCCUACCGGUUUCCCUUUUCGGUUGAUUAAAGCGAGCAAACGAACGAGUGAAAGGGAGAUAAAGAGAGAGGGCGAAGUUAUUUUUGUGUAUUGUGAUAUCGGACAAUGUCUUCAAAGCUGCUGAAUUAUCCGUCGGCCAGUUCCAAUCCACAUUUGGCCACCGGUUCGUCCGCGGCUGGAUCCGCAGCAGGCAGUCGAAACGGAGGUCACGGUUCUACGCAACUCAACUUUGAAAACCUCCAGCUGGACGACAUACUCUGUACGGUUUGCCAAUCGGUGCUGGUGGAGCCGGUCUUUCUACCGUGCCAGCACAGGUUCUGUCGCAACUGCUUGAGUGGAACCAUUGAGAAGAACAACCUGAACUGCCCGUGCUGUCGUAAGCGGUUCGGUACCUGGUACAGGAAUGCAUCGCGAGUGAACAAGUUGGUUCACGAGCAGCUGUGGAGUGCAAUUCAGAGCCAGUUUAGAGAUUAUCUGGAGGAGGACGGAGCACGGUGCAACGGAAACGGAAGCGCCGGAACCUGUUUUGUACCACAAAACGAAACUGUAAUCCACCUGAGCGAACCGGGUGAAAUCCGCAAAGAGUACGAAAACGAGCUGCAACGCUAUCGUAAGGAGCUAAUCGAAGAGAAAAAGAAAGAACUGGCGGCCUCGGAGAAGUACAUCAUUAACCUCUACAAGCAGGAAGGUAUUAUUGACCUGGUGGACAGCAGCGACCAUCUGUCAAUUUCGUCCUCGACCAGCACACCGGAGGAGGAACGAAAGCAACGGCACCAAGCGCAGUCACAUGCAACCAAUAGCGACAUACACGAGGUAGACGAUGACGAAGAAGCUGGCCCGUCGGGUUCGGCAUUCACGCAACCGAAAUCAACUGUCGCCAUCAAUGAUAACCAACAAAGCAAUGCUGCGCAACAGCAGUCAUCUAAUGUAAUCAGUAGCAGCCAAGUUAACGCUAGUCGACCCGAAACGUCCAAAUCGGUGUCCAAUGGAAGUGUCAUAUCCAUUUCAUCCACAUCGUCAGCCUCAGCGGCAUCUUCCUCGUGUAUUUCGUCCACCUCCAGUCGGUACAGUUUGAUCAAAUCGGCUCAGCAAACAGCGGGCGGAGACUCGGGCAAACAAAAAUCGCAACACUCAAUCCUCAACAAGCUCUCCACGGCAAGCGGAUCGAAGAAGGUCUUCACAAUUGCCGACAUCAACAAGAGUGAGCUUUGUGUCAAACCUACAAAGUUACAUCGUAAAUCUCCCAGCAACGAAAAUGACGACGACGAUCCGGAUGACGGCGAUAGUCUACGUUCGGAGUUGAAUCACUUCAAGCCGAUCAUUGCUACCACCCCAAAGAGUUGCUUUUCGCCGAAAGCGAUCGUUCGUGUUCCUUCCAUUCGGCCAGAGAACGCCGGUCCAUUGCCAUCAACAUCCGCAGCGGGUUGUUCUACCAUCGAAUAUUUUAGUCCGAGCAAGAGUCCGUUCAAACCGAUUGACCCAACGACGCCACGUCGGUCGGCGUUUUCGGUGGUGAAUAUCCACCUGCUAACCCCACCAACCCCCAGUGACUGGAACGAGGGCAGCCAGCAGCAUUCGUCACGGAGCCGUGUCACGAAGAAAAGUGCCAACAGUUCCAAGGCCAGCAGUGCAGCAUCCUCCCCAGCGAAACGACAAACUAAUAAGAAAAAGCGGAAUAGCCGAAAAAAGACAAAACCAGCGCCGGAACCAGCAGCUAGUCAACGCAAGCGGAAACUGAAAUUUUCCCCACAACCGAACAGUAAGGCAAAAUCGAGCCCAACGGCCAAAUCGGCGUCGGAACCCACGGCGAAGCCCACUCGGUUGACAAGGCAAAGCUUCAACAGCGAGGCAAGUCGGCUCAAAGAAUUGAUCGUUACCGAUCAGCAGCGACGUGCCGCUAUGAUCGAACAGGAACGACGUGAUUUUGAAUUCGCACAGAAGUUGCAGAAGAAGCUCAACCGGACGCGAGGAGCUGCGGCUCUGUUUCUGGAACCAACCGGCAAAGACUCUUUCCUAUCUAGGACCGGAUUAGAUGGACUGCAGCCAGCCCGAAGUCGAAGAACCAGUACAUAUUCACUACGGCAGCCGCCAACGUUUACUGCUGCCCAGUCAAGUGAUAGUUUCCUCCAAAAUCCUGCACAAAAUUCAGCUGAUUCAGCGACCCUGGAGGAACCUCCUCGAAAACAAAGGAGAAUGACCAAUCAAACCGCCGCCACCGUGGAGAAUCAAGACAAAACCCCCCGAAAGCAACCUGGCAGCAAAGGUAAGCAGCAGCAGCCGCCGCCACCUACCAAGCUGAUAAAGGAAGAACCUACGGAGGGUGCUAGUAGCGAGCAGACGAGCGGACCGGCGGUGCGUCGCAGUACGCGCAACAGACACUAAGGCAUGGCCAUCGUUACUGUCGUGGCUGGCCAUCAACUUCUUCAAGGAUUGUGAUGUAGGUAUUUAUCAAUGCGACGCAGUUGAUAUUAAUGUGAUCUUGACCGGGAAGCACACGUGCCUCACCUGCAGCAUCGAACCGAACUCGCGCGCGCGACCCGAAGCGUUCGUCGUGAGUUUGUGUGAUCCGUGCGUGUGAGAGAGGUUUAGUAAGCGUAAGUAAUUUUGAACGUGUUUUGGUCUAUUUAUUAAUUUUAAUCCUGUAAAACCUGUUGGUUCGAAACGGCAGUUGAGCAAACAAAGCGUUUGGUUUUUUACUCUCUUUAAAAAGAUAGUUUUUUCUCUCGAUUUUGAUGAAACUGAACUGUGUUACAGCUGUUUCUUUGUACCUGUUAUUAGGGUAUUGAGCAAUUUUUAAAAUAUUACUUUGAAAUCGAAUCACAGUUGCUCAACGAUUGAACCUUUCGUCGUCUUUGGUGAAUCUGUCUAGACAGGAACUAGCAAUCUUUCCGAUUUUAUUCUGUUUUAAAAACGCUAAUGAAAUGCAUUCCUAAUAUCUAGGCGUUGGCGUAUCUUUAGCUAGAACCCAUGGCUACAAAUCUUACCGACAAACAAAGCAAACAAUAACAAAUGUAGCGUGUAAAAUAGAACAUACAUAUGGUAGUAGAAUCCAAUUUGGAAGAAAACACAAAAGCAAAAACUUAUUAUCAGUGAUACAUUUGAAAUAAAUAACCGAAACAAAACAAAACAAAAAAUAACAUGCAAUUCAUUGAGCCAUAGCAAAUGGUGUGUCUGGUUGAUUGGUAAUAGGUGUCGAAAACUGGGAACAUUUGGUGCAUUGGGUUUUUCCAGCUGAACCCCUAAUUUUGCACAAAACAUGAAUCUCAAACAAAUUAAAUAGAUGCAAAGCCCGUGCAAAAACUUAUACACCCCUCCAAGGACGUGACAUUGAAAUAAACUUCUGUUAAAAGACUUAAAACCGGUUUGUCAAGAACAUUUUUUAUUAAAAAGUUAAUCACAAAUUUGGGCAUCAACUGAAAACUUAACGCUUACAAGACAUCGCAUUUAUUUUAACACGACUGUUUGCUCUUACUGUGUUCAUUAUCCUGCCUUACUCAGGUGUGAUGUUGUGACCGUCACAGU